UAGGUUCAUUUACAGAUAUGUGGUACAACAAGGUCGCCAAAAUAAGUUUUUAUUUGUCAAUCCUAAUAUCGUCGCCACUCAAGGGAGUUCAUUCGAUGAUCGUGUUCAGAAUCUGUUCAGACGUUGCAAUGACGUAAAAUCAAAAGAACAAGUUAUGCUUGUCCCUUUGAACCAUGGUGAACAUUGGAUGUUGCUUAUUUUGGCACCAUAUGCCUAUCAUGUAUAUUGUUGUGAUCGGGUGAAUUCAGAGCUAAAUAACCAUGAGGAGAUUGUAUCAGUGAUCGUCAGCGCUUUCAAUCUUUUUUUCUCUAUGAAUCUUCCUGAUGUCGAGAUCCCUGAUACUCUACGCAUUAAGCAACCUCAGUGUCCACACCAACCGGACAAUGUGGCAUGUGGAUACUACUUAAUGAGGAUGUUGAAGGAUUUGAUUGAACAUGCGAGUCCCGGGCAUUACUUAAGAACGCUAACAAACACAUCAUAUACAGAGGCACAAAUUGAUGAGUUGCGACAAGAAUGGGCGACAUAUAUGUUGCCGAUAAUCCAAAGUUACCGACCUCGUUGAUAGGUUUAUUUUUUAUUUUUUAACUCUUUCUUCAUACACAAUGCAAUAUUUGUUCAUUUUGAAUAUGUCUAACAAAUAUUGUAUUUCUUGUAUAU